AUGGGCCUCGUAGUCCACCUGCUGGUCUGCCUGCUGGGCACCGGCUCCUGGGUGGCCAUCAACGGCGUGUGGGUGGAGCUGCCGCUGAUGGUGCCCCGCCUGCCCGAGGGCUGGCUGCUGCCCACCUACCUGACCGUCAUCAUCCAGCUGGCCAACCUGGGGCCCCUGGCCUUCACCCUGGCGCACCGCUUCCUCCGGGGCCGGGUGGACGAGGUGGCCGUCAUUUACGGGCUGCUGGUCCUGGGCUGCCUGGCCUGCCUGCUGCUGGCCUUCUUCUGGCAGGAGACGCGGCUGCUGGGCGCCUCCCGCUACAGCCUGGCGCUGCUGGUGCUGCUCUUCUUCCUGGCCCUGGUGGACUGCACCUCCUCCGUCACCUUCCUGCCCUACAUGCGCCGGCUGCCCUCUCGGCACCUCACCACCUACUUUGUGGGCGAGGGGCUGAGUGGGCUCCUCCCGGGGCUGGUGGCCCUGGGGCAGGGGGCCGGAGUGGCUCGGUGCGUCAACGCCAGCCUGCUGGGCAACGGCACCACGGAGCUGCUGGCCGAGUACCAGGAGGCCCGUUUCUCCGUCCGCACCUUCUUCCUUCUGCUGAGCGGCAUGAUGGCCUCCAGCCUGGCAGCCUUCCUCGUCCUCAACCACCUGCCUCGGCUGGCAAAGGGGAGCCGUGCCUGUCAAGGGAGCCUGGAUGGCGCAGCCGCCACGGGGACGGGGUGUCCCAUGCUCAGGCCCCCCGACUCCGGCGCUGGCACGGCCCCCUUCCGUGUCCGGAGGGCCUUUGUCUUCGGGCUGAUGGGCUGGGCCAACGUGCUGACCAACGGCCUCCUCCCCCCGCUGCAGUCCUACUCCUGCCUGCCCUACGGCCACCUCACCUACCACCUGUCCGCCACCCUGGGCAGCCUGGCCAAUCCACUCGCCUGUUUCCUGGGCAUGUUCCUGGUCAGCAG